CUUUCUUGCAUUUGUCUUUAAACCUCCCCAGGAGGCGGUACGUUGCACCUUUGGGUUGGUUGUCCUUACUGUUAUGUUCUCAAGAUGGCAACUGUCAAGGAGCAGCUUAUUGCAAAUUUAGCUGCAGAAGAUAAAGUCUCUCAGAGAAAGAUCACUGUUAUUGGAGUGGGUGCUGUAGGCAUGGCUUGUGCGAUAAGUAUCUUACUGAAGGAUUUGACUGAUGAACUAGCCCUUAUAGACGUCUCAGAAGAAAAACUGAAGGGAGAAAUGAUGGAUCUCCAGCAUGGGAGUCUUUUCUUCAAUACCCGGAAGAUUGUCUCUGGAAAAGACUAUAGUGUGUCUGAAAACUCCAAAUUAGCUAUAGUCACAGCAGGUGCACGGCAGGAGGAAGGAGAAAGUCGUCUUGAUCUGGUCCAACGGAACGUGAAUAUCAUGAAAUCAAUCAUUCCUCCAUUAGUCCGCUAUAGUCCGGAAUGUAAGAUCAUUGUUGUUUCGAAUCCAGUGGAUAUUUUGACAUACGUUGUCUGGAAAUUAAGCGGCCUUCCGAAAACACGUGUAAUAGGAAGUGGUUGUAAUCUAGACUCUGCCCGUUUCCGUUACCUAAUUGGAGAGAAACUAGGUGUCCACCCCACCAGUUGCCAUGGCUGGAUCAUUGGAGAACAUGGUGAUUCUAGUGUACCUCUGUGGAGUGGGGUGAAUGUUGCUGGUGUUACCCUGAGGAGUCUAAACCCCAGCUUAGGAACUGAUUCAGACAAGGAACAGUGGAAAAUUAUCCAUAAACAAGUUGUUGACAGUGCCUAUGAGAUUAUCAAGCGGAAGGGGUACACCUCUUGGGCUAUUGGACUGUCUGUGGUAGACCUGGCUGCAUCAAUUUUUAAAAACCUUAGGAGAGUGCACCCAGUUUCCACUAUGGUGAAGGGCUUAUAUGGAAUAAAGGAAGAUGUCUUUCUUAGUGUCCCCUGUAUCUUGGGACAAAAUGGUGUCUCAGAUGUCGUGAAAAUUAACUUGACUUCUGAGGAGACAAUGCUUUUCAAGAAGAGUGCAGAUACGAUUUGGAAUAUUCAGAAGGAAUUGAAGUUUUAAAGCCCCUUUAAUGUUCCAGUAUUUUAAAGAACAGAAGAUAGAAGACUGUAUUUUACAUUUUGAAACCAUCAAAAAUAAACAACAUUGUAGCCUUUGACAUAAC